CUUUGGUUUCAUUGAAUUUUGUUCGUUUCUUAUUUGGGAAGCAGCAUAGUCGUGGAGCUUCCCAUGGAAGCUGCGGCAGAAGCUGGUGCAACUGGAAUAAAAAGUGUCGUGCCAGAGGAGGUUAAACAGACGAAUUCUGAUCAGGAUGCAGGGGAAGACCAUCCCAGUGAGUACAGAGUCGUGUAUGUCUUAGGUGGUCCUGGAAGUGGGAAGAGCACGCAGUGUUCCAAGAUUUCUUCGGAGUUUGGGUUUAGCCACUUGAGCGCCGGUGAUCUUCUGCAAAAAGAAGUCGAAUCUGGUUCCGAAGAAGGGAAGAUGAUCCGGGACUUAAAGAAAGAAGGAAAGCUGGUUCCCUCGGAAAUAGUCGUAAAGCUUCUGCAGCAGGCGAUGCGCAGAAGCGAAAGCAAGAAGUUCCUCAUCGACGGUUUCCCACGUAACGAAGAAAAUCUCGCUGCGGCUGAGAACAUUAUGAAAAUCGAGCCUGAUGCCAUACUGUUCUUCGAUUGCUCAGAGCAGGAAGCAAUGAGGCGCCUUCUAAGCAGGAAUCAGGGAAGAGCUGAUGACAAUGCUGAGACCAUUCGGAACCGUCUCAAAGUUUACUCCGAAUCGACUGUCCCCGUGAUCAAUUAUUAUAAUUCAAAGGGCAAAGUUCGAAAGAUUGAUGCUGAGAGGCCGAUCGAUGAGGUAUACCAGUCUGUAAAGGAGGUCCUGUCUGGUAUUGAAGGUAAGGGGACGGUGAAAGAGGAAUUCCAGGGUUGUGCAUUAUAGAAUUUAGCGUGCUUGAGCUGUGAAGGUAUAAAUCCUUGCUUGUAAGUUCUGCUUAUGCAUGUAUAUGGAUUUUAUGUAGCUUAAGAAGUAAGGUAUUUUCUCCAGCUUUCGAACCAUGUACUAGAGGUGUAGUCGACGCUUAUUUCUACCCGUUCUGUCAAGUCGAUCGAUCUUGUGCGGUCUUUUCUUCUGUCAGUCGGCAUGGCAAACUCUAUGCUUACUACUUUGUAUUGUUAGAUUCUGCCUUAAGAGUUGUUAAAAGUUUGGCUGGGCUUAGAAGCCAAACCCAAAGUUGAAUUUGUGUAUACUCUUGAAAUGAUAAAAAGUUAUUUGUUUUUCA